CGUUUAUUUCAUUUUAUUAACUAUAUAAAGUGUGGACCCACAAUCCCUGGUGAACAGAACCGCAGUGGAUUAUGGAGGUGGCCUGCACGAAUAUAACACAUAAGAAGUCGGUUAGGUGGGCGCCGGAUUUAAGCUCUUUUUUUCGUCUCGAAUGGACAGUUACACAGGAAAGUCGUCACUGAUAUAUCGAUGAUCGUGUAAAUGGGUAACGUUGUGAUUGUUGAAUUAAUGGAGUUCCUGCAGCAAAUCACUCGGUCGUUAAGAUUUGCUCGGGCUGUAGAACUUCCUGCAGAUCCUAAUGCUGCUGCAUAUGUUUUAAUACCAAUGGUCAUAGGAAAUCAACAUAGAUCUGUAUCUGACCUAUUAGCAGCAUCAACUUUUGAUGUUAAUUACCCAUUUGGAAGAGCUCAAAGAAAUCUUUUACAAAUAGCUGCAAAUUGUGGAGCUUAUGAAUGUUUGGUUCUUCUUUUGAGAAAAGGAGCCAAUGUUAAUUAUCAAGAUAUUGCUGGAUGCACUGCAUUGCAUUUAGCAGCACGAAAUGGACAAAAAAAGUGUUUAACAAAAUUAUUAGAAUAUAAAGCUGAUGUAAAUAUACGAAACAAUGAAGGACUGACUACAAUACAUUGGCUAGCAGUAAAUGGAAGAACUGAAUUACUUCAUGAUAUGCUACAGUAUGUGAAGGAUGUGGAUGUUGAAGAUGGACAAGGACAAACUGCUUUACAUGUUGCAUGUCAAAAUGGACAUAAAACAGGUAAAAAUGAUGUAACUCAAUUUUAUAGAGUUCCUCCGGAUUAUCACAGAGGGUUAACUCUAAAGGCACAAUUUAAUAUAGUAAAUAGUAUGUUUAUAUCAGUAAUUAUUUUUAGGCAUGGGCAACGUGACACUGCUCAAAUAUUGCUUUCUCGAGGAGCGAAAUUCACUGCUGACUAUUCUGGAAAAACACCAUUAGAUCUUUGUGUGCUGGGUGGUUAUGGAGAAACUGCAGAAGUUCUACUUAGUUAUAUGCCAGAAUUGUAUGAAUCACUUAUUCAAAUGGCCCAAAGACCAGAAAUAACUGAAGAUACAUUACUGAAGGUUCUUCGUUACUUAUGUCAUUUAGGAGAUUGGCAAAGAGUACAUAUUCUCCAAGGUCUCUCAGAUCUGGUAUCACAUGCUGGCCAUAAACUUUUGAGUGUUUCCAGUAAUUUCACAUUGCAAGCAGCUAAUUUUCUGCGAUGUGUCCGUGUAUUGUGUAAACUGUACAGAGAACUGAUACCUGUGCCUGCAACAUCAGUAUUUACUUCUCCAAAUGCAAGUCCUGAAAGCAAUACUAUUUUUAAAUCUACAGAAAUUCUGUGGAAUUCAUUAGAAGAAUGGAUGAGGAUAUUAGACACAGAAGUAGAAAAUAUCAUGUGCAAUCCUAUUGAACAAGAUUUAAAAGGAGCAUGUUUAUCUCCUCCACCAAUUACUUAUGAAUUUGAAAAUCAGUUUAGUUUUUCAUUUUCAGAAUUAUGUAAUACAGGAAUUCCUUGUGUUAAUGAAUCUAAUUGUAAGCAUAAAUCACCAAAAAAUGGUAUUGUUGCAGCUUAUAGUGAUGCAGCAAUAAAUUGUAAUAUCUGCAAAAAUUCAAGCAAUUAUCAUACUGAUGAUAAUGCACAAACUGCAAGUGAAAUAGGUAAAAGUAAACAAAGAAGUGAAGAUUAUGAUAAUCAUCAUUGUUGCCAAAUAUCAAAUUCUUGUAAUUAUUUAACUGAAACAGAAAUUGAAGAGAAUCCUUUCAGAACUUCCAGUGAAGAAAAACAAUCUGAAUGGAGAGAAAAAGUCAAUCAUAGUUCACAUACUUCUUCAGAUGAAGAAAAGAUUAAUUAUAGUGUAAAAAAUAGUAAUUCUUUUGAAUUUUCUAAAGAAGCUAAAGAGUAUUCCAAGAAUAUGAAUAUAGAUUUGCCAUGCAGUUGUAAAAUAUUUACAGAACAUAAAGAAUCAAAACAGUGUACAAAAUGUACAAAUAAUUGCCAUUGUUCUCAUUCAAAUGAUAUGAAUGAUCGAUUACAUCUUUGCCAUUUAUCAAAUAAAAAAGAAGUUAGUGAUUUAUGUGAACAGCAAUUGCCUGUUUCAAAUUUUGAGAAUGUAGAAGAAAAUCUAGAUUCUAAAUCAAGUGAAAAACUUAAUUUUGUAAAAAAAUCUGCAGAUGAUGAUGUCAUUAAUGCAACUGCUUCUCGUCUUUGUGCUGUUAUUCAAGCUUUUUAUUGGUACUGUGGUUGUCGCACUCCAGAAAACUUGGAAAUGACUUCACCUAGGUUCAUUGAUUUUGUGUGCCGACAUGACACAGUUUUGAAAUUUUUAGUUGUUCGGAAUCCCACAGUUAUAUUUGACUAUUUCAGUUUUUUACUAGAAUGUCCAGAACUAAUGUCCAGGUUUCUUCAUUUAGUCAGGUCACAACCAUUUUCAGCUAGAAAGCAAUGGUUUAAUGAACAUUUAAGAUCACAUGAAACUGAAAGAACUUUAGUUUAUUCUGCUCAGAAUGAUUCUGUACUUAGGAUUUCAAGAGCUGAUCUUUUUAAUAGUAGCUGUGAAGCAGUUCUUCGAGUUCCACCAGAAAAGUUAAAAAAAGGACUUUCUGUUAUAUUUGAAGGAGAAGAUGGAAUGGGUCAAGGUGUAGUUAGAGAAUGGUUUGAUAUAUUAUCAAAAGAAAUCUUAAAUCCAGAUUAUGCACUUUUUACACAAAGUUCUGAUGGAUCAACAUUUCAACCAAAUAGUAAUUCUUCAAUAAAUCCUGAUCAUUUGACUUAUUUUCAGUUUGCUGGUCAGAUACUGGGACUUGCUCUAUAUUAUAAACAGGUUCUGAAUGUAAGCUUUACUAGAUCUUUUUAUAAACACAUACUUGGAAUUCCAGUUAAUUUUUGGGAUGUUGCAUCAAUUGAUUUGGAAUAUGCAAAAAAUUUGCAAUGGUUAUUGGAUCAUGACAUUUCUGAGUUUUGUUUGGAUCUUACAUUUUCUGUGGAAACAGAUGUUUUUGGUCAAAUGCAAGAAUUUGAAUUAAAACCAGGAGGAAAUAAAAUUCCUGUAACAGAAGAAAAUAAGUGGUUUUGGGGAGAAGUGAAGAAUAUGGCUCAAGAAGACAGGGCUAAAUUAUUGCAGUUUGUAACUGGAAGUUCUCGAGUACCACAUGGUGGAUUUUCCCAAUUAGCUGGUGUUGAUGGACCACAACUAUUUUCUAUUUCUGAAGUCCCUUACAGACCAAAUAUUUUACCAUCAGCUAGUACUUGUAUUAAUUUACUAAAAUUGCCAAAUUAUCCAACAAGAGAAGAACUCAGGGAAAGGUUCCAAAUUGCCAUACGUUAUGGUAGUCAAGGUUAUGGAACAGCUUAACUAUGAGGACAAAAUAUAUUUUAAACAAAACAGCAAUCAUUAAUCAUUCCUAAAGCUAUGACAUCUAAGCACUAAAAAUCAUAUAAAUAUUAUGGAAAUCAUACAAGUUAUACUUAUGUUAUCACUCAUAUAAGUUAUAGGUAUUUAUGAUUUUUAAUGCCUAUAUGUCCUAGCUUUAAUCAUUACAUCAAAAUAUGUGGUCAUUUUAAAUAAUUAAUUAAAAAGUGAAAUAGAAUAAUUGCUAUAUUUUCAAUUUAAAUAAUGAAAUUGGAAAUAUAUAAUACUAGCAAUGGAUUUAACAUAAACCUUUCAAAU